GAGGGGCGCGCGCGUGCGCUCGAGAGGCGGUUGUUCCUCCGAAGGCCUGGCGCGUGGGGCGGCGCGCGGAACUGGUGAGAUGAAAAGUUGUUUUUUGUGACAUAUUUAUCACGCGGAUGAGAUACAAGUCAGUAAGCCAGCCAGGAGCUCAUGUCAUCAGGAACACCAACAGAAAGCACCAUGCCCCCUGAUGCGCCUGAGCUGGAAGCAGAGGUGAAGUCGUGUGAGAGGCAGGUAGAAAGACGGGAGGAAGGCACAGGCAAAGCAGAACGCCUUGAGCCCAUGUCCAAGAGGCAAAGGAAGAAACUACUGAAGCAAAAACAGUGGGAAGAACAGAAGGAUCUCCGAAGGCAGAAACGAAAAGAAAAACGUCAGAAGAGAAAAUUAGAACGUCAGUCAAAAUCAGACACCAGUAAUGAAGGGAAUGACAGAAAGCGUAUGCGAAGGGAAGUUGUUCCCAGCACGCUUCGCCUCGUUGUGGACUGCAGCUUUGAUGACUUGAUGGUGCUAAAGGAUGUUAAGAAGCUUCACAAGCAAAUUCAGAGAUGUUAUGCAGAAAAUCGCAAAGCAUUCCAUCCUGUGCAGUUCUACUUGACCAGCCAUGGGGGACAGCUGAAGAGCAAUAUGAAUGAAAAUGACAAAGGAUGGGUCAACUGGAAGGAUAUCCAAAUUAGAACAGAGCACUACAGUGAGCUAAUAAAGAAAGAAGACCUAGUGUACCUCACCUCAGAUUCUCCAGACGUUCUUGGUGAGCUUGACGAGAGGAAGGCUUAUGUGAUUGGAGGACUGGUGGAUCAUAAUCACCACAAGGGAAUUACUUACAAAAAAGCUGUGGAGCAAGGAAUCGGUCACGCACAGCUCCCUCUGGGAAGCUUCGUGAAGAUGAACAGUCGGAAAGUGUUAGCAGUCAAUCAUGUGUUUGAAAUCAUCCUUGCGUACCUGGAGAAGAGAGACUGGAAGGAGGCCUUUUUCAGUGUCUUGCCACAGCGGAAGGGGGCAGUUCCAUUGGGAGAAGCCAGUGAUUCAUCCCAACGUGCCCUAUGUGAGAAAGAAGGUGAAGACAAGGACUCAGACAGCAAUUAACCUGCAGAAUAAGAAGAUGGGAAAGAUGAGACAUGGAGUUUGUGGGAUAACACUGAGACACGAAGCAGUUAAGCUCUGAAGAUCAUCUGCUGCCCUUGUGAUACUUGAUUGUCUCAAUGCUUGGUAGCUUCAGAGUUGGGUCAAAGUUGUUCUUGGACAGAAAGGGUAAAAACAAAUGCAGUUUUUAUCCUGAAACUUCUAUAUUAAUAGCUUUAAAAAAUAAAUGAAUAGCAAAUGCAGAAUUUAUUUUGUUUACCAAGGAAGCUAUGUUAUUUAUGUGGUUUUUGUUUUUUUAAUAAUUGUUCGGAUAUAUUACCCAAAAUACUGAAUCACUGUUUUAAUGUGUGCAUUCAUCUCUGUUUCAGUUCUAAGCAAUGAAUUACAAAUAAUCCUGUGACCUCAAAACCUGUAUCACUAGUGCCUGUUGCAAGGCAUUCAUUUAAAAACAGAAAUAACUCUGAUUUUCCUGAGCAUCUCAACAGACAGUCACAAGCAACUGGGCUGCCUUUAUCAGCUGAGCCACUCCCAUUUUUCCCCCUGAUUUUUAGUUAGUUGUGGUCAGAGGAGGAAAUACAAGUGUGGGGUCAAGCCAUUGCUUAAUGCUUCAGUUUGAGUAAAUGUGUGUCUGUGUACAUGCAAAGCAUGUGCCUUGGCUGGGGUGUGAUAUGUUUGUUGGUACGUGUGCAGUGAGUUCAGGUGGCAGUACAUCUGGGUUUUUUUGGUUGGUUGUUUUGUUUUUUUUCCCCAUUCUAUUAACUGUGUUGUCUGUCAAGUGCUUUGCUUUUUUUUUUCCCUUUUAAAGCCAUAGUUUCUGUCUUGAA